AUGUUUCUGAUUGUCUUGCAUUUCAUAGGUCUCGUUGCAGCUUUAUCCAAUCGGGAUAAACUGUUAGAAUUCGAUGCCACUUCGACGCGGCGUACUCGUGUCAUCGAUGAUGAAUUGGAUUACUUCGCCUCAGAAGCGAGUGGUCGGGAUGCUGCUUGGCUAAGUCCAGAAGUCAGACAACAAGUGGCUCAGCGGGUUCAGGAAUUGCGAGCUCAAAGGCAUGCUUCCCUAAUUGAGUCUGUCCGCAUUAGGUUUGAUUUUGCUGGCCGGCAAAUAGAAGAACAAGUGAGGCCUCGUUCUUGUAAUGUUUCUGGUCUACAUUAUAUAUCUUAG